GCGCUGCAGGGAGCGGGGCGGGGGGCAGCAGGGGGCUCUGCCCAGGCAGUCAGGGCUCCCCAUUGCCCCAGGGCAGCGCUAGGGGUUGUGCUGGGAGCAGCGGUACCCCAGGCCAGAGGAGAUGGAGGGGGCGUCUCACACACUGACUGUGGAACAGGGCCUGGUUCUGAUCUUGCUGCCGGGGAUCCCCCUCCCGCGCUGCCCCCGCUCCCUGACUCAUUCUUCCCUCAUUGGCUCCGGGCUGGCAGCUGCGGGGACAGAGCUGAGCAGAGACAGACAAAGAGAGAAGUGGGCAGAGAGGCGUGUGCCCUGGGUAGGAACGUACAGCAUGUGGGCGACCCCGGACCCCUUGUCCGGCUGCCCUGACACCUGCCACAGCCCGGAUCCCCCUUCCUCUGCCAGGAUGCUGCUCCCUCUGCUGCUCCUCCCCUGGGCAUGGGGGGCCCUGGCCGCCUCCCCUCAUCUCCCCCCAGCAUCUCUCACCCUCCGGGUGCUUAAAACCACCGUCUUCCACAACGCCAGCUCCACGGACAUGCAGGGGAUGGCCCUGCUGGGCGACCUGGAGACCCACUCCAUGGACUGCAGCACCUGCGAGAUCCGCUUCCUGCAGCCCUGGGCCCAGCAGGGCCUGACCCCGAAGCAGUGGCAGGACCUGGAGCUGCUGAUCCAUUGCUACCUGUCUGACUUCUUCCGUCUGGUGAACAAAGUGGUUAAGGAUCAAGGAGAGGGCUACCCCUUUGUUACCCAGGUCUCCUUUAGCUGCAAGCUCCACCCCAAUGGCACCUUGAUAAGCUUCUGUGACGCUGCAGUGAACGGCGAGGACUUCAUCAGCUUCGACAUGGACACAGGCAAAUGGGUCAGUCGGCACAGGGAUAAGCUGGGGAGCUACGUCCAGGAUCUUGUCAACCAGGAUAAGAGCAUUUCCACCCUGUUUCCGUUCCUCCAGAGAACAAUGUGUGUCUAUGGGAUCGAUACCUUUGCCCAGUACGGGAGAGAGUCUCUGGAGAGGCAAGAGCAGAGCAGGCCCUGGGGCCCUGGCCUGGCAGUGGGCAUCACCCUGGGGGCUCUGGCUGUAGCCGCCGUGGCCGUGGUGCUGUGGCGGAGCAGACGCAGGGGCUACCAGGACAUUAGACCAGGGGAGUCCAGGCCCUGAGGGGAUGGCACCGGCCCAGGCGUGGGGAUCAGCCCCUCUCCUGGGGACAUGGACCUUGGGGCUGGAUCUGUGCCCGGCUCCAGAGCUCAGGGCCCCGAGGGCUGAUCUGGUUUGGAGUGCUGAGAGAUCGGGGCCUGGGCUGGGGGGUUGGGAUUUCCUUCCUCUGAGACGUUCGGGGCAUGUUGGACAUUUGGGAGCUGUCACAGAACGGGAAAUUUCCCAGAAUGGGAAUUCGUUCAACUAUUUUGAACGAAUACUCCGUUACCCCAACGUGCUACACGGUUAACAAGGUGGCAGGGAAAGGUUGUAUACUCUGCAGAGACCCAGAGGUGACAGAUGCCAGCUGUGGGGCCUGGGCCCCAUGUCCAUGGAGAGUCUGAGAAGAUAAUUGCCACUUCAAUUGCCUGGACCUUUGGUACCCGGCAACUAACGACCAUGGGUGGCUGACCCCUCAGCAGGAAGCCUGCCGGGUAUGCCCAGUGGGGGAACAAAGGGCUGAGGAGGGGCCAGGUCAGGGGUGUGUGUGUGUGAAGUGUGGAGGGCUGGAAGCUGGGGCUCUCUCCUGAGCUGGGAAAAGGAGGGGUCAGAGGGCUCUGGGCUGACCAGGCUGAAACUCUGCUCUCUGCGCUAACCAAGGGCUGUGUACGCUGCAGUGCAGCCAGCUAACAAACCCUUCCGCUGCCCCACGCUGGCUGAGUCCCUGCAGAUGUUGUCGGCAGGGCAGCACUCCCUUUGAGUGCACAAGGCUCUCGGUGUCCUUGUAGUAGGAGGAUUUUACGCUUGUACUUUGUAUAAUUGAGAAUGAAGGAUAAAGAAUAAUAAUGCAGCAUUUAUUAAAUGCACUGGUGUAUGAUUUCACCAUAUUCUGCCAGCCACCCUUUCUGAAAGCAGGAAGGAAUGGGCCGAAUGGGCCAUUGGUAAAGAUGCAUCAGCCAGAAUCUUGUGUCUGAAGCUGAUUUCAAGGCAGUAACAGACCUUUAGGGACAUCACCACUUUGUUAUAGGUUUAGCAUUUUGAAAUAAGUAAAAGAAUGCCAUGAUUGUUUUCUCCUGCAUUGCAAUUUGAUGUUCCUAUUCAAAUGCUCUGUGUAAAUCAAUCCUGUUCUGUGUGUGAAUAAGGAAUGUGUGAGUUAGAAGAUAAGUGGAUAAAGGAUAAGAUAAAGGAUGAGAAAAACAAUUUAAGAAAAGAAGCACUUGUCAAAGGACAAUUCAGCAUGAGGGUGCAGAACUCGUUGGUCCCAAUGAAGUAAGAUCACUAUAUAAACAGGGGGCUUUGCCAUGAAACUUUGGGUUCGUCCUGC